AUGGAAACAGCAGUGAUCCGCACAGGCCGCGAGCUUAGCGAGACCGAGAAAAUAGCGGUGGUGAGGUACCUCCAGGACAACUUGGUCAAUGGCAAGUUGGCUCGUGGCGCCAUCGCUCGCAUGUCCAGCGCUCUGCCCCGUCCCUGCUCGGCCACAGGACAACCCGGCGAUCUCGAGGACUUUGAGUUUACCCAUAUGUGGGACGUCGUGCACCUAGAUGAAAAAUGGUUCAACUCGGAUAAGGACCGUCGCAAGGUUUACCUCACCAAACGCGAAACACCUCGGCGUCGCAGUUGCAAGUCCAAACUAUUUCUCCCAAAAGUCAUGUUCCUUGCCGCCGUUGCACGUCCUCGAUGGGAUAUUGACCGCGACUCUGACUUCGACGGAAAUAUCGGGAUGUGGCCCUUCGUCGAGCAACUACCCGCGGCGCCAAACUCACGCAACCGUCACGCUGGAACAAUGGUUACUCAGUUGGUGGCUGUGACAUCGGAGACGUACCAAGACUUCGUCAUGAACAAGCACGAUAACGCUACACCCCACCGUAUUCUGAACGCAUCGCUCCUUCGCCUUGCCUCAACCGACGGUUGGACGUAA